GCCAGAGUUAGACAAAUCUGAAAUGAAAGAGAAACCAAAGAGUGAUGAUAAGAAGGAUAAAACCGAUGACAAGCCUGCAGUGACGCCUUCAGCUCCGCCUGAAGACAAAGACAAAUCUAAAGUAUCUGCCGCUAAAGUUGAAGAAAAACCAAAAGAAGCUGCAUCUAAACCGGACAAAGUUCAAGAAGCAAAGACUGUUGAGAAACCAAAGGACAUCAAAGCGGAAGCAGAAAAGUUGAAAUUCAAAGACAAAUCAAAAGGGACGCCACUUACGACUAUUCCAAAAGCUGACGAGAAACCUAAAGAAGCUGUGGCAAAAGCGGCUAUUCAGCCGGAGGUACCAAAAAGUGAUGGAAAGAGUAAAGAUGCUUCGGCCAAACCGGUUGAAAUCAAAUUGAAACCGGAGGAAAAGGUUUUGGAUGUUGCAUCCAAGCCUGAAGCAGAUAAAAAGAAAGUUGAUAUAAAGCCAAAAGUCGUAGCGCCACUAGAGCUACCCAAAGACAAAUCUAAAGAUGUGCCCAAAGUUUCUACUUUACCUGAUUCGCCAAAAAUGGAUGAAAACACAAAAACUGUUCCCGCUAAAGCCGAUGAGAGUAAGCCAAAAAUCGAAGGAAAACCAACUGAAAUUGGUAAGCCGACAACGAAACCAGAUGCGAUUAAACCAGAAACAGCGAGCAGUCCUAAGGAAGACAUCAAAGCAACACCAAUUGAUUCUGCAGCGAAACCCGCUGUUCUGCCUGGCAUGCAGAAAUCAUCGGAUAUUGUCACGAAAGCAACCACCAAGCCAGAGACAGACAAAUCCGAAGUGAAAGAAAAGGCAAAGGGAGAUGAUAAGACCGUUGACAAAUCUACGGUGACGUCUCCAGCUCUGCCCGAAGAUAAAACUAAGGCAUCUGCUGCUAAAGUCCAAGAAAUAAAGCCAAGAGUUGAAGAAAAGCCAAAAGAAGCUGCAUCUAAGCCAGAGAAAGUUCAAGAAACGAAGACUGUUGAGAAACCAAAGGACACCAAGCCGGAAGCAGAAAAGUCGAAAGUCGAAGACAAAGCAAAAGCUACUCCGCUUACGACUAUUCCAAAAGUUGAUGACAAAAAAGCUGACGAGAAACCUAAAGAAGCCGUGGCAAAAGCGAUUACUCAGCCUGAGGCACCAAAAAGUGUUGACAAAAGUAAAGACGCUUCAGCUAAGCCAGUUGAAGUUAAAUCGACGCCAGAGAAACAGAUUUUGGACGUUGCAACCAAGCCUGCAGCAGAAAAACAGAAAGUUGAUGAGAAACCAAAAGAGCCGCUCAAAUCUGUUUCCAAACCGGAUGCAGCCAAACCGCAAACUGACGAAAAGUCAAAGGAUAUUUCGCCAAAGUCUGAGAAGAAAGCGGAUGAAAAACCCAAAGAUGUAGCGUCAAAACCAUCCAUUUUGCCUAAUUUAACGGCAAAAGGAGAAGACAAAUCUAAAAAUGUGCCCUCCAAAGUUGAUAGUAGUAAGUCAAUAGAGUCUAAACCUACAGUCAAGCCAGAAGUAGAAAAAAUAAAACAAGAACCACUAAAAUCAACGACAGAGGAAAAGCCAAAGGCUGAGAGCAAGGAGAAAUCAACUGAUGUUCCAACGAAACCUGCAGCAAUACCAGAUAAAGCAAAAGAUGCAAAAGAUAUUUCUGUUCAACCUGUCAAGCUUGAAGAAAAGACGCCAAAAACGGAAGAAAAGUCAAAGGAAAAACCGUCACCGCUACCAUUAUUAUCGAAAGCCGAAGAGAAAAUUAAAACGGCAGCUUCCACGAAAUCUGAUGAAACAAAAGCGACAGCUGAAAUGAAGCCGUUAGUUUCAGCAAGUGAGCCUGCAGUCAAACCAGUAACGGAAACACCAAAAGUUGCUGAAAAACCAAAAGACGCAGCGAUCAAACCUGAGACAGCGGCCAAAAGAGAUGAGAAACCGAGUAAAACAUCUGCAGCUGAAACUGAAGAUAAGAGUGAUGAAGACAUUCAUGCAAUUGUUUGCAAUAUCAUGAGUGGAGUAGAUAAAUUAUUCGCUGCAUAUUUUUGAACGAACAAUGCGUCCCAAAAGUGUAUUUUUUCCAUUCGGCCUAUAAAGAUGUA